AUGUUGAGCCAGUCUCCGAUCACUGCCACCCAGAUGAGCUUGAUGCCCACCGACUCCCGCAGGUGGAACCAGAGAGGGAAGAAGAUGAAGAAGGUGUUCCUGAGGUCAGCAGCCCAGGACACCCACAGGAACAAACCCUGGGCAUCCUUAUAGUUGGUCUGGAGGUAAUUAGUGGUGCUCACCCCAUAGCCCUGCAUGGCAUUCAUGACUGUCUCCAUUUUCGAGCUGUCCCUAGUGAAUUGUCAGUCUAGGAAGCCAAUAUGAGAUGUGGUGGGGUAUGAGAGCACUGUAUGUAGGAGUCUGCCUGUUGUUUUUAUACCAGAGCGACCCACCACCCAAAGGCAUGUACAGCCUGAUCUUUGGACCUUGCACAUGUGCAAUAAAGCACAGCGGGGCAGGGGAGUUUGGGAGGGAUGUACUAAGGAGAGAGACCAUACAAAUAAGUACAAAGAACGGGUAAAAACAAUAGUCAAUCAGUGUCUCUGUGUCUCUCACCCUGAAAUAGACAAAAAUACUUCAUUUAUGAUUGACCAGUGGAAUUCAAAUUCAAACCUAACAAAUAACCUACACAAUACAGUUUGUGGCAAAACAAGCCAAGCAAGGGGAUGUGUGGACAACGGCAUUGCUUUUGCUUUUAUCUAUUGAAAUGCAAAACCCAAUGUUUUACUACACUACAGUCUGCUUUAUCUGUAAUACAGCAAGUUGUCCUUGUAAGACCAUGAAAUGGAUAAGAUAGGGACUAGAAGAGUCACACAAAUGCACAGACUUCACUAAGCCCACUUUCUGGGCAGUUUUAAACAACACAUUUAAAAAAUAAGAAAUAAAAAACAUUUGAAUUAUAAAAAGGCUAAUAUAUAUAUUGACAAUAUGCUAAAUACGCCCAUCCUUCGACAACUUGCAGACAAUAAUCUGUCAGUUAUAUAAUACAUUUCUGACGACUUUGUGAAAAUUGAGUCUGGCCAGAAUCCAGCGGCUAGCCCACCUGUUGGUUACAUAAAGGAAUCAAUCAUUAAAUGGUUUGGGACUUACUCAGGAGAUGCUGAGAAGAUAACUGACCAAUAAAACUAGGUCCUGGAUAUGGUAAUCACUCUACUGUAAAUAGGUCAGACUAGGCAACCCCCAAGCCAGGGUUUUAUCUCGGAAAGAAAUAGCCAAUGAACUAUUAUCAUUAUAGCAGGUCACAAAGUCAAUUGUGAAUUGUCAAUGGAUUUAGUCCCAUUCGUUUCACAUGUUAAUGAUGGAUGUGGUUGAGGUAGUAGGACAUAAAUAGGUCAAUCAAUUUUCAUUGGACUGCUUAAAGUGUCCUUGCUACUAUCCUCGCCAAGAGACGUAUAGUCCUGGAGUGGAAAAACAUUCACCCACCAUUGCACAGUCAUCCUGUUUCAGGGGCUAGCUUAUCACUCCAGAGCAGACCACCUCUGUUUACCGCCUUUGGCAGCAGGAGCUCCAUGGAGGGGUGUAGGCUCAGUGGCGGACUUACCAUUAGGCAACCAAGGCAAUUGCCUGGGGCCUCAUAUCAUCAGUGAGACCUCCAGGGGGCCCCCAUUGAUUUUGUUAGUCAACCAGAUAUAAUUUAGUAUGAACAUCGCAUAAGUCAAGACAAAAUGUGUAGAAUUGCAGGAAAUUAACUUUAAAACUGCAACAUUUUCUCUCCUCCCCAUAGCAAAAUGUGUAGAAUUGCAGGAAAGCAGCUUUGAAACUGCAACAUGUUCUCUAUUCAUAGCAAAAUGUGUAUAAUUGCUGGAAAUUAACUUUAAAAUUAUAUAUUUUUUAUCUCCGCUGCCAAGAGGGAGGCCGUUAAAAUGUUUUGCCCGCGAGGUGGGUGUGGGGUUAACCAAAUAUCACUUAGGCCAGGGGCCUCAGACUAGCCUCCAAAUCACUAAGUCCGCCCCUGUGUAGGCUAAAGGUUAGGGAGUAUGUCUGCAACAACCUCCAGGAGGCAAACAAAUGCCCUAACCUUGAAUAAAGUCCAGUGGGAACAACAGACUGAACGACAGUCCUGGAGCUCAAGAGGACUACUCCUGACCAUUCUCCAAUCCUCUCCCAGCUUUGGUGUACCUUCCCUGGGGACUGAUCUGGAUCAACACCACAGUCAUGGAUAUUUUCCACAGCUGGGGGGUGGAGGUGGCCGUCCAUCUGCAGACCCAGUAUGGGCAUUAUGAGGGCUGGUUUAGCCUAGCCUCUACAGUGGCAGACCUGCAUACCACCUUCUUUUGUUUCUUCCCAGUCUGGUUCUAUCUACGCAGGGAUGUGGGUGUAAAGCUCAUCUGGGUGGCUGUCAUCGGGGACUGGCUCAACCUGGUCAUGAAGUGGUAAGGAACGGAUUCAAUUGGUUUUCUGUCAUUGGUUUGUCAUGGAUUUUGGUACACAUUGCGAUUUAGUACACAUAAACAAGAACUUACGCUGACUUGAACAUAAUUUAAAAUGGAAAUUGUCAUUAUAUAUUGCAAAGUCGUAACAUUUCAAAGAGUUUAACGAUGUUCUCUCUCCAUGGCAGGGUUCUAUUUGGAGAGAGACCCUAUUGGUGGGUCCAUGAUACCCGCUUCUAUGGGAAAGAUCCAGCCCCUGCCUUAAAACAAUUCCCCAUCACCUGUGAAACUGGACCAGGUAGGCAAUGCCAUAGAUAGAUGUGUGCCAGAGUCUAGCACUGAUUAUCACUCAACACACCUCAAGAUUAUAGCAGUCUUGGCAAGUGGAAGCAUUAUUUGCUUAGCCUAUAUCUAAUAGAUGACUGAUAACAGUACUAUAGUGCCAUAACAACCUUUGCACUUAUUGAUUCCCAUUCCGCAGGGUAAAUACAUAGAGAAUAAUCUUAUCUGGAAAGGAAUUCGGUAGUGUAGUGUGUCAUUUUUGUUUCACUAAUUGCAUCUUCAGGGUGUGUUUCCACUGUCCAAAUAAGACAACAAAACAGGGAUGGGAAAGAGGUGGAAUGUGAUUAUGGGAAAAUACUGCAGACAAUAGAUACUGAACAAAGAGACUUUGCCAUCAUAUCCCUGGUAGCCAGAUAUGUGUGUGCUUUAGCCAACUCUUAUAUCCUAAAUGGUCAAUGAAGCCAAAGUGUGCUGUUUUUCAUAGGAAGCCCUUCGGGUCAUGCCAUGGGCUCGGCUGGGGUGUGGUACGUGAUGAUAACGGCUGUCUUCUCAGUGGCGGCAGAAAGACGGUUCCCCCCUAUCCUGUACAAGUGGGUCAAAGAGAAGUGGAGUCAAUGGUGGUGUUACUGCUUAUACCCAAUUCAAUGCUUACAGAUCUACACAAAGUGCCUGGGAGUUAGGGCAGGGGUGGGAAAACUACGGCCCUCCAGUCAAUGUUAUUCGGCCCGCGAGGGAGACCAUACAGAGGUAGAUUUGUUUGUUUUUGGGGAAAUUAUUAUUUUGGUUUAAAAAACCACUCCAGGCUAUUCUUGAACAUCUGAAACUACUGUAAAUACACUGCUCAAAAAAAUAAAGGGAACACUUAAACAACACAAUGUAACUCCAAGUCAAUCACACUUCUGUGAAAUCAAACUGUCCACUUAGGAAGCAACACUGAUUGACAAUACAUUUCACAUGCUGUUGUGCAAAUGGAAUAGACAACAGGUGGAAAUUAUAGGCAAUUAGCAAGACACCCCCAAUAAAGGACUGGUUUUGCAGGUGGUGACCACAGACCACUUCUCAGUUCCUAUGCUUCCUGGCUGAUGUUUUGGUCACUUUUGAAUGCUGGCGGUGCUUUCACUCUAGUGGUAGCAUGAGACGGAGUCUACAACCCACACAAGUGGCUCAGGUAGUGCAGCUCAUCCAGGAUGGCACAUCAAUGCGAGCUGUGGCAAGAAGGUUUGCUGUGUCUGUCAGCGUAGUGUCCAGAGCAUGGAGGCGCUACCAGGAGACAGGCCAGUACAUCAGGAGAUGUGGAGGAGGCCGUAGGAGGGCAACAACCCAGCAGCAGGACUGCUACCUCCGCCUUUGUGCAAGGAGGAGCAGGAGGAGCACUGCCAGAGCCCUGCAAAAUGACCUCCAGCAGGCCACAAAUGUGCAUGUGUCUGCUCAAACGGUCAGAAACAGACUCCAUGAGGGUGGUAUGAGGGCCCGACGUCCACAGGUGGGGGUUGUGCUUACAGCCCAACACCGUGCAGGAUGUUUGGCAUUUGCCAGAGAACACCAAGAUUGGCAAAUUCGCCACUGGCGCCCUGUGCUCUUCACAGAUGAAAGCAGGUUCACACUGAGCACGUGACAGACGUGACAGAGUCUGGAGACGCCGUGGAGAACGUUCUGCUGCCUGCAACAUCCUCCAGCAUGACCGGUUUGGCGGUGGGUCAGUCAUGGUGUGGGGUGGCAUUUCUUUGGGGGGCCGCACAGCCCUCCAUGUGCUCGCCAGAGGUAGCCUGAGGUACCGAGAUGAGAUCCUCAGACCCCUUGUGAGACCAUAUGCUGGUGCGGUUGGCCCUGGGUUCCUCCUAAUGCAAGACAAUGCUAGACCUCAUGUGGCUGGAGUGUGUCAGCAGUUCCUGCAAGAGGAAGGCAUUGAUGCUAUGGACUGGCCUGUCCGUUCCCCAGACCUGAAUCCAAUUGAGCACAUCUGGGACAUCAUGUCUCGCUCCAUCCACCAACGCCACGUUUCACCACAGACUGUCCAGGAGUUGGCGGAUGCUUUAGUCCAGGUCUGGGAGGAGAUCCCUCAGGAGACCAUCCGCCACCUCAUCAGGAGCAUUCCCAGGCGUUGUAGGGAGGUCAUACGGGCACAUGGAGGCCACACACACUACUGAGCCUCAUUUUGACUUGUUUUAAGGACAUUACAUCAAAGUUGGAUCAGCCUGUAGUGUGGUUUUCCACUUUAAUUUUGAGGGUGACUCUAAAUCCAGACCUCCAUGGGUUGAUAAAUUUGAUUUCCAUUGAUCAUUUUUGUGUGAUUUUGUUGUCAGCACAUUCAACUAUGUAAAGAAAAAAGUAUUUAAUAAGAUUAUUUCAUUCAUUCAGAUCUAGGAUGUGUUAUUUUAGUGUUCCCUUUAUUUUUUUGAGCAGUGUAUAAAGUAUGUUGAAAUGGUAAUAGACCGAUAUAUUUUCAAAUAACUGCCCUUUCUCUGGCCCUCAAAUAUAUUUUUUGGACGAACAAAUCUGUAAAAAAAAAACUUAGUUAGGGUGAAGGAUCUAUUGUUGUUUCGGAGCAGGGCCUUAGUUAAUUUUUCUUCCCCAGUUUCUUGCAAGUGGGGCUGUGGAUGCUGCUGUGUACAGUAGAGCUGCUGGUGUGCAUGUCCAGAGUCUACAUGGCUGCCCAUUUCCCGCACCAGGUCAUCAGUGGGGUCAUCACAGGUCAGAGAACCAGGGCUUGACCUAGAUUUCAAGAUGCAGCUUGUACCCCUAGCAGGUUGUGCUGACCUGAACCGAACUGUGCUGGCUUGGUUAUUUUCCUUUCACAUUGUCGUCCUUUCCAGGAACUGUGUUGAAUGCGCAACCAGGCCAGCACAGUACAGCUCGGCUUAGCUUGGUUUGGAUCAGCAAGUACACUGUAAAAAAAAUACUGUUGUUUUUAUGGUAACUUACUGGCAGCCAGUAAACUUUACAGUAAUAUACUGUUAAACCCACGUUUCUUUGGAAUUUACAGUAACAUACUGUACUUUUUACAGUACAGUUUUUACUGUAAAGUUUACAGUAAUGUACUAUUAAACCAAAGUUUCUUUCGAAUUUAUGGUAAAAUACAGUAAGUUACCGUAAAAGAACUAGAUUGUUCUUUACAAUAUAAAAGGGGUAUUGGGUUUCGAUUCUGUUCUACAAUGUUCUUGUCUAUAUCCAUGGCAGGUAUCAUGGUGGCUGAGGUCUUCUCCAGAGUGCAGUGGAUCUACAGAGCCAGUCUGAAGAAGUACUUCUACACCACCCUCUUUCUGCUCUCCUUCGCUGUGGGCUUCUACGAGCUGCUGAAGGCUCUAGGCGUGGACCUGCUGUGGACCCUAGAGAAAGCCCAGAAGUGGUGUGUGAGAGCCGAAUGGGUCCACAUGGACUCCACCCCCUUUGCCAGCCUCCUGCGCAACAUGGGCACCCUGUUUGGCCUGGGCCUGGGCCUGCACUCGCCCCUCUACACUGAGAGCAAGAAGAGCAGCAUCCCCUUCAGGGUGGGAUGUAUCACUGUCUCUUUAUUGUUGCUACAGGUCCUGGAUGGCUUGACGUUCUCCUCCAGAGACCAGGCAAUGUUCUAUGUGUUGUCCUUU